AUGGCUCCCCCACCAUUCCGUCCUGAAAAUGCCAUUAAGAGGGCAGAUGAACUUAUUUCUGUUGGCGAAAAACAAGCUGCUUUACAAUCUUUGCACGAUUUCAUAACUGCCAGAAGAAUCCGUUGGGCUACACCUUCCACUGUUGAACCAGUUGUGUUCAAAUUUUUGGAGAUCGGUGUUGAACUUAAGAAAGGCAAGCUACUUAAAGAUGGUUUGCACCAAUACAAAAAAUUAAUUCAAGGUUCUACUGAAGGUUUGGUUUCUGUCGGUGCUGUUGCACGUAAAUUCAUUGACUUAGUCGAAUCUAAAAUCGCUUCUGAGCAAACUAGAGCUGACGAACUUCAAAAGCAAGAAAUCGAUGAUGAUUUGGAAGGUGGUGUCACCCCAGAAAAUCUGCUGAUUUCUGUUUACGAAUCAGAUCAAUCUGUAGCUGGUUUCAACGAUGAAGCUAUUACUUCAUGGUUGAGAUUUACUUGGGAAUCAUAUCGUGCUGUCUUAGAUUUAUUAAGAAACAACGCUUUGUUGGAAAUUACCUAUUCUGGUGUUGUUAAAAAAACCAUGCAUUUUUGUUUGAAGUAUCAGCGUAAAAACGAAUUCAAGAGAUUGGCUGAGAUGUUACGCCAACAUUUAGACGCUGCUAACUACCAACAAAGUAAAUCAGGCAAUAAUUUAGUUGACUUGAGCGAUGCUGACACCUUACAACGUUAUUUGGACCAACGUUUCCAACAAGUGGACGUUUCUGUCAAGUUGGAAUUGUGGCACGAGGCUUAUAGAUCCAUUGAAGAUGUUUUCCACUUAAUGAAGACAUCAAAACGUGCACCUAAACCAUCUACUUUGGCUAACUACUACGAAAAUCUCGUCAAGGUCUUCUUUGUUUCCGGUGAUCCAUUGUUGCACACCACUGCCUGGAAGAAGUUUUAUAAAUUAUACUCCACCAAUCCAAGAGCAACAGAAGAAGAGUUCAAGACAUAUUCUUCUACAAUUUUCUUAUCCGCUAUUUCUACUCAACUAGACGAGAUUCCAUCUAUUGGCUACGAUCCUCAUUUACGUAUGUACCGUUUAUUAAACUUGGACGCCAAACCAACUAGAAAGGAAAUGUUGCAAUCCAUUAUUGAAGAUGAGUCUAUUUAUGCUAAAGUUGACGAGGAAUUGAAAGAAUUGUACGAUAUCAUCGAAGUUAACUUCAAUGUCGAUACAGCCAAACAGCAGUUGGAAAAGUUGUUGAUCAAAUUAUCUUCUAAAUCUUACUUUAAUCAAUACAUUACACCAUUAAGAGAUGUCAUUAUGAGAAGAGUUUUUGUUGCAGCCUCCCAAAAGUUCACUACCGUCUCCCAGUCCGAAUUAUAUGAACUCGCUACCCUACCUGCUCCGCUAGAUUUAUCUGCCUGGGAAAUUGAAAAAUCUCUAUUACAAGCCGCUGUCGAGGAUUAUGUCUCAAUUUCCAUUGAUCAUGAAUCUGCUAAGGUUACUUUCGCCAAAGACCCAUUUGACAUUUUCGCAUCAGCCGCUUCUAAAGAAAUUCCUGAAGAAGAUAACACAGAAUCGGAAAUGCAAGAAGAGAAGGAGGAAACUGAUGAAGCCCUUGAGCCACAAGAAAAUGAAGAUGGCGAAGAAAAAGAAGAAGAAUCUGAUCCUGUUAUUAUCCGCAAUUCUUACAUCCACAACAAGUUACUUGAAUUGUCUAAUGUCCUGCACGAUGUCGACAGUUUCAACAACGCUUCCUAUAUGGAAAAGGUUAAAAUUGCUCGUGAAACUUUAAUUAAAAAGAACAAGGAUGAUCUUGAAAAGAUUUCCAAGAUUGUUGAUGAACGUGUCAAGAGAUCUCAAGAACAAAAGCAAAAACAUAUGGAACAUGCCGCCUUACAUGCCGAACAGGAUGCUGAAGUCAGACAACAACGUAUUUUGGAAGAGAAGGCCGCUAUUGAAGCCAAAUUGGAAGAAGAAGCUCACCGUCGUUUAAUUGAAAAGAAGAAACGUGAAUUCGAAGCCAUCAAGGAAAGAGAAAUCACGAAGAUGAUCACUGAGGUGAACGCUAAGGGUCAUGUUUACAUCGAUCCUAAUGAAGCUAAAAGCCUAGAUCUUGAUACCAUCAAACAGGUUAUUAUAGCCGAAGUGUCAAAGAACAAGAGUGAACUUGAAAGUCGUAUGGAAUAUUCUAUGAAGAAGUUAGACCAUACGGAAAGAGCUUUGAGGAAGGUUGAAUUGCCAUUAUUGCAAAAAGAAGUUGACAAGCUACAAGAGACAGACACUGCAAAAUAUGAAGCUAUGAAGAAAAAAAUUGUCGACGCCGCUAAGGCUGAAUACGAAGCUAGAAUGGCUGACCAUAAGAACUUGGUCAUGGUUUAUGGUGAUUACUUGAAGUUCAAAGAGAACGUGUCAGGUACUAAGGAAAGUGAAUUAGCCGCCAUCCGUAACCAAAAGAAGGCUGAAUUGGAAGCUGCUAAAAAAGCCAGGAUCGAAGAAGUUCGUAAACAUCGUUAUGAGGAAGCUGUUGCAAGACGUAAAGAAGAAAUUGCUAAUGCUGAAAGACAAAAGCGUGCUCAAGAACUUGCUGAGGCUACCCGUAAACAAAGAGAGAUCGAAGAAGCUGCUGCCAAGAAACCAACUCCAUAUUCUUUCCGCGCAGGAAACAGGGAACCUCCAAGUACACCAAGCACUCUACCAAAGGCUACCGUUUCACCAGAUAAAGCUAAGUUAGAUAUGAUCGCUCAAAAACAAAGAGAAAUGGAAGAAGCCAUUGAACAAAAAUUGGCUGGUAAAACCGCUGGUGAGUCCACCCCAGCUACCCCAACUCCAUCCUCUGGUCCAAAGAAAAUGACUAUGGCUGAAAAGUUGAGAGCCAAGAGAUUAGCCAAGGGGGGUAGGUGA